CAACAUGAAGUACAAAAUUGGAAGAAAUGAUAUUAUCCCCCGACAGGUGACACCAAAAUUUUCAUGUCUUCUCUCUUCCAAGCUUCCAACUACACAGUCUCUCUUACACAACCUUCUCUUCCUUUCUCUCUAUUCAAUCCUUCACUUCACGCAUAGUUCUUUUCAUAUUUAUUCAAACUCUCUCACUCUUUCAAUUCAUCCACCUACCCCUUCUUCUCUUCACAACAAUCUUUCCUUUCAUCUCCUUUUUCUUCACUCCAACUCUUACAAUUAUUUUUCUGUGUUGACCCAGUUUUGAUUUUUAUGAUUUUUGUUCGUUCUUCAUUGAAAAAACGAAGAAAGACAAGAUUUUUUAAUUUGGGUCUCGUUAAAUUUUAACAAGUUUGGAAAAUGUUUGGGACUUCACUGCAAUUUAAUGGUGUUCGUGGUGAGGAUCGGUUUUACAUUCCUGUGAAAGCAAGGAAGAAUCAGAAUCAAAAUCAGCGUAAGAAAACUCAGAGAGAUAAGUGUGGUGAAAAUAAGAGCGAAGAUUCUGCUAUAAAGUAUGAACUUGUUGAUUCUCAUAAUAGGAAUCUCAAUGAAGAUUCUGCUACAAAGAGUGAACUUGUUGAUUCUGAGCCUGCAAGUAACAUUGAUCGAUUCUUGGAGUCUACAACACCAUUAGUUCCAGCUCAGUUUUUCUCUAAGACAACAAUGAGAGGAUGGAAGACUUGUGAUGUAGAGUAUCAAUCAUACUUCGCCUUGAAUGAUCUCUGGGAAUCAUUCAAGGAAUGGAGUGCCUAUGGAGCAGGAGUUCCUUUGUUACUUGAUCAAAGAGAUUCUGUUGUACAAUAUUAUGUUCCUUAUUUAUCGGCUAUUCAACUAUACGGUCAAUCAGCUAAGAAGUCAAUUGUUAAGCCAGGAUGCAUUGGUGAAGAUAGUGACAGUGAUUACUACAGAGAUUCAAGUAGUGAUGGAAGCAGUGAUAGUGAGUUUGGAAAAAGGACUAAACAUUCUAUAGCACAAAGAAGUAAUCAAAAUCAAACAAGUGACACUUCUUUACAAAUGAGCAUGCUACCUGUUCAAGAGGGAUUUUCUAGCGAUGAAAGUGAAACCGGGAAUCCUCAAGAUCUUCUUUUUGAGUAUUUUGAUCAAGAGCCUCCAUAUGGCCGUGAGCCAUUGGCUGACAAGAUACUCAAUCUUGCGCGCCACUAUCCUAGCCUCAAGUCGUUGAGAAGUUGUGACUUAUUGCCUGCCAGUUGGUUGUCUGUGGCUUGGUACCCUAUAUAUCGAAUACCGUCUGGUCAAACAUUGAAAGAUUUAGAUGCUUGUUUUCUUACUUAUCAUACACUCCAUACACCAUUGACAGGAAAUGGCGGUACUCAUGCUCCAAUAUUGCUUUAUCCGAAUGACAUAGAUGGUGUAGCGAAUAUAUCUUUACCAACUUUUGCAAUGGCAUCUUAUAAGUUAAAGGGAUCUAUUUGGAUGAAAAACGGAGUUAGUGACAAUCAGUUAGCGAAUUCGCUCUUGCAGGCUGCAGAUAACUGGUUACGGCUGGUUCAAGUGAAUCACCCGGAUUAUAAGUUCUUUGUGUCGCAUGGCACAUACCACAAGUGAACCAAAUGACUCGACUUAUAUCAUUACAUUCUCAUGGCAUAAUCGACCGAUCUACAGAGAUUUUUAUGGUGUUGCGACUGCUAAUGUGGGUUUGUGUUACUCUACACCUCUAAGUAGCACAAAAUAUGAAGUGAUCACAAUUGAAGAAGGAAAUAUAGUUUGUUGCUAAAGUGAAAAUAACAAUUAUAAGUGGGGAAAAAAAAAGAGUUUUGUAUUUAGAAAGAAUGAGUGAAAUAUGUACAUUUUUGUGCCGGUAAAAGUUUGGUUCUAUAUAUAAAUAAUCGUAUCUAUGUAUCAUAAACAUCUUGUUACAAUGAUGUGAUGAAAGAAAGAGAGUAAAUAAAAGGUAGUUUGUAAGAUUUUA